UGUAGUGAUUGUAAUAUGGCAAAUAAGUUUUUAAAAAAGUUCAGUAGUGAAAAAUGUAAUGUAUUCUUUUCUGCUUUUCAUAGUGCCAAAGACGACGGAGUUGACAUUGACGCGCUUGCAGCUGAAAUUGAAGGAGCAGGAGCAGGCAAGGAGCAGAGCAAAUCAAAGAGCAAGAAAAAGAAAGGAAAGAAAGAUGACUUUGAUGAGGAUGACAUCCAGAAAGAACUGGAGACACUGUCAUUAGAAAACCAAGGAGGAAAAUCUAAAGAAGAGGAAAAGAAAUCCGAUUCAGCAGUGGACGCUGAACCUGAGCCCGCUCUGAGUAAAGCGGACAAGAAGAAGGCCAAGAAGGGUAAAAAGGCAAAUCUGGAGGAUGAGGAAGGUGAUGAAGAUCAGGGUCAGAACAACAUGGAAAACGAGCGCAGGGCGAAAGACACGGAGACGGUGGCGGCUCCCGCUCCUGCUGGUGCUGCUUCAGACUCUGAGGAUGAGGGCUCGCGGUCACGGCAGAAACCUACGGCUAAAAAGAAAGCUGGCCGAAAGGGUGCGUCUGAAGAUGGUGGUGCGAAGAAGGGUGAAGGAGCGGGUGACAAUGAUGAAUCAGACGAUUAUUCUCAAGCCGCACGCAAGAAGAAAAGUAAAGCCAAACCAGACAGUGAGGAAGAUGAAGGAGAAGAAUCGGCCUUCAAGGUGAAGACAGCUGUGCAGAAGAAAGCAGAGAAAAAAGAGAGGGAGAGGAAGAAGAAAGAGGAGGAGAAGGCCAAGCAGAGAGCUAAGAAAGAGAAAGAAGAGGAGGCCUUAAAGAAGGAGACAGGGAAACCUGCUACCACACCUUCAGCAGAGAGCAAGGAAAUAGAGGCAGAGGCUUCAGUGGAGCAGGAUGCAGCUGAUGUCCAGGGAGAAGAGGAGGCUGAAGGUGACAAAAAGAAAAAGGACAAGAAGAAGAAGAAAGGUGAGAAGGAGGAGACAGAAAAGGACAAGAAAAAGGGUCCCAGCAAAGCAACAGUGAAAGCAAUGCAAGAGGCCCUGGCCAGAAUGAAGGAGGAGGAGGAACGAGCCAAAAGAGAAGAGGAGGAGAGACAGCGACGGCUGGAGGAGCUGGAGGCUCAGAGACAGGAGCAGGAGCGUCUAGAGGCCGAGAGGAAAGAGAAGAAGAAACAAAAGGACAAGGAGAGAAAAGAAAGGCUAAAGAAGGAGGGAAAGCUCCUUACCAAGGCCCAGAAAGUGGCUCGAGCCAGAGCAGAAGCCACGCUGCGAGCGCUGCAGGCUCAGGGUGUUGAAGUGCCAUCCAAAGACGCAAUGCCAAAGAAAAAGCCAGUUUACUCUGAUAAGAGAAAAAAGAAGCCAACAGCACAAACUCCUGAAGAAACUUCAGAAGUGGCAUCACCCACAUCAGAGAUACCUCAGCCAAUCACAACAGAGAUGGAAGUGGACAAACCUGAAGCAGAGCAAGUUAAGGAGCCAAAAGCGGAGGCUGCUGAUCUGGACGAUUGGGAGGCCAUGGCCAGCGAUGAGGAGAAAGAGAUGAAGGUUCACAUUGAGGUGAAGGGAACUACUCCGGCAACACAAAAACCUGCUGAAGACCAAGAGAACGGCAGUGAGGAAGAAGAGGAUGAUGAUGAAGAGGAGGAUGAUGAUGAAGAGGAGGAUGAAGAUGAAGAGGAGGAUGAAGGAGAGGAGGAGAGUGAGGAUGAGGAGGACAACAAAGACAGCAGCAACAAGAUGAGCACAAAUAAAGCAGGAAAAGAGCCGAGCUCCGAGUCGAGCAGCGAGAGCGAUUCGGACGAUGACCGAAGCAAAGAGGAGAGACUUUAUGACAGGGCCAAGAGACGCAUAGAGAAACGAAGGCAGGAAAACCUGAAGAACAUUAAUUUUGGCAAGCUCCGCUCUCCUGUGGUUUGUGUACUGGGUCAUGUAGACACAGGGAAGACCAAAAUCCUGGAUAAGCUGAGACACACACAUGUUCAGGAUGGUGAGGCUGGUGGGAUCACACAGCAGAUCGGAGCCACUAAUGUGCCCCUGGAAACCAUAUUAGAACAAACCAAGAUGGUGAAAAAUUUUGACAAGGAGAACGUGAAGGUUCCUGGCAUGCUCAUUAUUGACACACCUGGACACGAGUCCUUCAGUAAUCUGAGGAACAGGGGUAGUUCUCUGUGUGACAUCUCCAUCCUGGUGGUGGAUAUCAUGCACGGUUUAGAGCCACAGACGAUCGAAUCCAUCAACCUGCUGAAGGAGAAGAAAUGCCCCUUCAUAGUAGCACUUAACAAGAUUGACCGUCUGUACGACUGGAAGAAGAGUCCAGACACAGACGUGGUGGCCACACUGAAGAAGCAGAAGAAAAACACCAAGGAUGAGUUUGAUGAGAGGGCUAAAGCUGUCAUCGUGGAGUUUGCGCAGCAGGGACUUAACGCUGCCCUGUUCUACGAGAACAAAGACCCUCGUACAUUUGUGUCCCUGGUUCCCACCUCGGCCCACUCGGGUGAUGGGAUGGGGAACCUCAUCGCCCUGCUGGUGGAGCUCACUCAGACCAUGCUGGCCCGCCGACUGGCUCAUUGUGAUGAACUUCGAGCACAGGUCAUGGAGGUAAGAGCUCUUCCUGGAAUGGGUACGACGAUAGACGUCAUCCUGUUCAACGGUUGUCUACGGGAGGGUGAGACUAUUAUCGUCCCCGGUGUCGACGGACCAAUCAUCACUCAGAUCAGAGGGUUGCUCCUCCCACCACCCCUGAAAGAGCUCCGAGUGAAGAAUCCGUAUGAGAAGCAUAAAGAAGUAUCUACGGCUCAGGGAGUCAAGAUCCUGGGAAAAGAUCUGGAGAAGACGCUGGCAGGUCUGCCUCUUCUCGUCGCUCAUAAAGAGGAUGAAAUUCCAGUGCUGAAGGAUGAGUUGAUCCGGGAGCUGAAAUUAUGGUGGCCGAGAGAGCUCAAAGCGCUGCAACUUAAGAAAACACAUGCAAUUUGAAAAAACAA